CUAUGGUUCAAAUAAUUUUUUGGCUGCUGCCUAAUUAUUGAUGACUUUAUUACAUCGCAACAAUAAUGGUCAAACUGAAACAUAGACCAAAAAAAAAAAGUAUUCUUAGAGUUUGUUGGACUUAUUCCGUUUGGUUUCAUAGUGUUGUGGAUUGAUUUAAUUUUUAUUAAGAAUUCUUAGAGAUUUGAUUAAUUGAAUUUGAAACAUAAACUUCAUCAAUUUUUUGAUCCCAACUAGGUGUUUCUAACCUAAUCUUUUUCACUUCCGUUGUGUAAAUUCAAAGGGCCCCUACAUAAUGUAUUGAGCCUGGUCCUGAUAAGGACAAAGGUAGCGCCUAUAAUAGAACAGUAGAGAAAGCACAAUUUUGUCAACACAAUCAAUCGCAUAGCUCUAUCACAAUUCUUUGUUGUCAAUCAAGAAAUCAUCUGAGAUUGAAAAAGUGCAAGUGUGAAAUCAUCUUUCGACUGGAUCACUGGAAUAUUAACAGGAAAACAUGACACAUGCACGUUAUAUAUAAAUAUAUAUAGAUAUUGAUUUAUUGAUGUUUGUGUUUUAUUCAGGAACUUCAGAUAUUCAUUAGAUAUUAAUAAUAAAAAAAAUGCUUAGGAAGACAAAGCGAAGAAGGCUUUGCCAAGCGAAAUUAUGAAGAUAAAAACUUUUAGGGUAGCGACGCAGCAAGCGAACAUCUGGGGGGCAACAUUUCAGCCUUGCUUCUCCGUCUUCAAUUGAGAACUGAGAAGGGCCCUUAUCAUAUUUACAGUUGUUGCAGCAUAUAGAUCUGCAAGAGCCAAAAGUGCAUUUCUGAUCUCAAAAAGUUUAGAAAGCGAAUAUGGAUUCUGAUUCAGAGACAGUGGUGCACACUGGAGGGUGCCAUUGCAAGCGUGUGAGAUGGAAAGCAGUAGCUUCUUCUAGUGUUGUGGCAUGGGAUUGUAAUUGUUCUGACUGCUAUAUGAGAGCCAAUACGCACUUCAUCAUGCCGGCUGAAAGAUUUGAGCUUUUGGGUGAUUCAGAGAAGUUCCUCACAACUUACACCUUUGGCACUCACACUGCAAAGCAUACAUUCUGCAAGGUCUGUGGUAUAACCUCAUUCUAUUACCCACGCUCAAACCCAGAUGGGGUUGCUGUUUCAUUCAGGUGUGUUGACCCUGGCACGCUCAAGAGUGUUGAAAUCAGGAGUAUUGAUGGAAGGAAUUGGGAAAGCUCGUAUCGUCAAACUGGUAUCUCCUCAUUUUCAGAGGUGCAGAAGUAACUCCUUGUUACUCAAUCAGUUGUGGAUUGUAUUCUAUUCCCUGUUGCUGCCAAGAUUUUGUAUGCAUGGUUGUAACAAAAAUAAAAGGAUCGCUUAAGGUCGGUCAAGGGUGUAGGGGUAUCUAUCCUGGUCUGAGAAUCUUCCCCUUCCUUCGCACACAUUUGUUACCUUUUCAGUUUAGCAUCUUGACAAGGAUUGUGUUCACAAACAAGAUUCCCUCACCCGUUUGAUUGGUAAACUCUCUUUGCAGAAUCCUUAUAAUUCAAUGAAUGGUUGGAACU